AUGGCAACCGUUCAAACACAACCGGUCCGGUCCGGAUUUUCGGCUUUGUCUGACCAUGAACGACAAGAAGCUCUUUCAUUCUUACUCGUUUCUGAUGAAGAUGCUGUGUUGGAUGGCGCUUGGGAAGAUAGACCUCUAGCUAAAUCUGCAACACUUUCACCUUCUCCUAUCGAAGCCACAAGUGAACAAUCGUCCACCUCGCAAUCAUCCUUAGAAUCAUCUCGCUCUCCCUCUCCCUCGUCUUCCCAACUUGCUUCGCCAAGUGCUAGUUUGCUUAUCCGAUCAAAAUGUCAAGGAUGGGAAAGAAGUUUUGAGUUACAUCAAGACUGGCCAAUUCCAACAAUCGAACAAGAAGAUGAAGUUUUAAUUCAACAUAAAAGUGUUGGUUUGAAUCCGGUAGAUUAUAAAAGCGUUUUAUAUAACUUUGGUAUACCUCAAUCACCUUGGGUGUUAGGAAGGGAUGUUUGUGGAGUGGUAAAAGAGGUCGGUAAAAAUGUCAAGCACCUCUUACCUGGUCAACGUGUUUGGACUUGUGCAGAUUCUCGUGACCGUCGUUCAGGGGCUUAUCAAGGUUUCUCAGUUGCAAAAGCAGUUCACAUCGGUUUGGUUCCCGACAUAAUACAAGAUGAACAAGCUGCAACUUUGGGAACUGGUUUGAUAACAGCAGCAAUUUCUGCUUUUUGGUUUUUCAGAUGGCCUAGAGCAUCACAACUAACGGGUGGUAAUGUUGAAGCUGUCGCAACCUCUUCUAAAGACCGAAUAUCUGCUUCACCCUCGUUUAUGCCACAAGAGAACAGUCCAUGGGUUCUUAUUUAUGGAGGCGGUGCAAUUACAGGUAUCUUCUUAGCACAACUUGCGCGAUUGUCAGGUUCGCGGGUGAUUGCUGUUGCCUCGUCUUCCAAUAUCGACUACCUAACUUCCGCACAAGUUGGCGUAUCACAUUGUAUAGACCGCUUCUUACCUCAAGAGGAGAUAGCAGAGAAGGUACGCUCAAUAUGUGAGAAUGACGGCGGUUUGCAGUUUAUUGUGGAUACAGUCGGUUCCAAGACGGCAGGCUUUAGCUAUGAUCUAGCAGCAAACAUCGGCACUUCUUCGUCCACGCUUCCACCUGCACAGAUGAUUUGUCUAGCAGGCGAUCCAAAGAAUCCUCAAAAAGGCUCAAAAGAUGUGAUUGUACAUCGGAUCAGCUUUUCUACAACUUUCUACGGGGAUGAUGUAUUUGCAACACAGCUUCUACAAGACUUGACUAAGCUCAUGCAACAGAAACAGCUGCAUCCUGUCAAGUAUGAAAUCGUUCCUGAUGGUUUAGCCGGAGUCAGAAAAGGUUUGGAAAGGUUACGUGAUAACCAAGCACCAAGAGCGUGCAAAUUGAUAGUCAACGUUGCGGAUACUCCAGAUGCUCAGUUAACACACCUUGGUGUGCGGGCUGAACUAGGUUGGAAUGGGGUGUAG